GUGUAUUACAAACUUUUUUUCACCCAAAAUUUGAUCAUGUUAUGCAAAUACAUUUAUCCAUACCUGGCUAGGAGGUUAUAAACGCUGGCUCGGGCUCCAGCUCCAACUCUAGCUCGAAAUCAAAAUUGUACUCCUAGGAGUACGCGAUCAAAUUUUGAGGUUAUAAAAGAUUUCGAGUACGUACUCCCGGGAGUUUGUACUCCAAUUUUUGAGCUCGUACUCUAACUUUUUUUUAUGUGCACAAGCGGCUUUUUUGGAACUCUUCUGUAAUGGCGGCGCCCUGCUGUUUAUAUUGACGACAGGUCUUGAAUCAAUAUAACGGUGAGUUAUUACAAUACUUUUGAUAAAACUGUUUAUAAUAUCCUUUUCCACGAAAUAUUUAUUCAUUAAGAGGUACUUUUUGACAACAAAACGCACCGGGAAAUUGUGCCAUCGGCUGCUCAGUGUCCUGCAGACGAUAGGAUUAUUUGUACUCAUCGCAAUAUGGCAGAAAAAGACAUCGAGAAACUUUGCUUAAAGGAAAGGGUAGACCAUAGCGAUAAAAAAACAAGAACAAAGUGGUCUGCAGAUGAGGAAACGUGUCUUAUAUCUGCCGUGUUGGACAGGGAGGAUGUACUGUUUGGGGAGUUCAAGGGUCCUGGGGGGGGGAAGUCUGGCGUGGCUAAGAGGAGGCAGGGUUGGGAGGAGGUCGCAGAUGCUAUAAAUGCACAAUUUACCAGCAGCAAGAGGUCCCCAGAAGAGUGCAGAAAAAAGUACAACAAUGCUAAACAAAGGACCAAAGAGAAAAUCGAUUACCUGAAGAGAGAAGUCAGGAAGACAGGUGGGGGACAAGUGGAACUUGAAUUAACAGAGGCAGAAGAAGUGCUUCUUGAGCGACAAGAAGGAAGGCCAAGUCUUUUUGGUCUAGAAGAAGGGUUUGACAGUGAUGAUGUAAGAUUCACUUGUACUAACAGAGAGACAGAGACAAAUAGAAGUCAAGCUGAUACAGUUGCACCAGCUCCAUCAUCUGUGUCACAGAAGACAGUCAAUUCAAAAGAAAAGGAAAGCAGAGGUAAAGUAAGUGAGAAGAGGAAGAUAGAUGAAAGGAAAGAGAACCACUUGAUCGAUUUCAACCAAAUUUGUCACAAAGCAUCCUUAGGUGGAGGGGAUUUAAGUUUGUGA